AUGUUAUCCCUCAACGGCUAUGCUGUUGGGUCGUUCCUAAUUGCGCUACAUCAGCGUUAUGGUUUACGUUCUGAGAUUGACUUGUUUAUUACACAGGCUGUACUCCAAUUUCUUUGCAUGCGACAACCUUCGGCUGCUAUGCUGGCUUUCUACAUAUAUACGAGGGGUCAUCCUCGGCUAGAACCUGGUCCACCAUUCACCCGAUUUCCGCUGCUCAAUUUUAUUUGGUUUUUAUUGUUAGUCAUUGACAGGAAGGAAAGCUUUUCUGCGUUCUGCGUACUUUGCGAAAAGUACCGCCCUCAACUCAAUAGGGAUUCGACAUACGCUACCUAUCUGGACAUAAUAAGCCGUCAAUAUUUUUCCACUCCUCCCAGUGAUACGAAUAAUAUGUUUUCGCGUUUAUUGAAAAUGUUUGGCGGUCCCGACGAAGAUGCGGAUGAUUUGAUUACGGCCGGCCCAUCUGAAGUUGCCGGUCCUUCUAGACUUUCUGGUGAUGUGCAGCGUGGUGCUAACUCAUCCACACGCUCUGCAGGUUCCGCAGCAUCCAUGGAGGAUGUUGAGUGA